AUGGAUUUCUCACGCUGUGUCUCUCGAUUGAGACUUCCAAGGACAUAUUUGGCAAGGAGGCCUUUGGCCUUGACUUCCUUGCAUCAUGUCAGGUUCAAUUCGAUCAAGCCUUCCCUCCCAACGGGGAUUGUGCUUCGCGACUACCAAGAAGAGGCUAUUCAAUCUGUUUUGAAGUACUUGGGAGAAGGCCACCGGCGCCUUGGGAUUUCACUUGCAACAGGAGCUGGAAAGACAGUGAUCUUCACACAGCUCAUCGACCGAAUCCCUCCGCCAGAUGCGAAAGCCACCAAAACCAUGAUCAUUGUUCAUCGACGGGAACUAGUCGAGCAAGCUGCCAGGCACUGUCGUCUCGCAUAUCCAGACAAAAUGGUGGAAAUCGAAAUGGGCAAGAAUACUGCGACAGGCGCCGGGGACAUUAUCAUCGCUUCAGUACAGACAUUAGCGCGCGGGCGCGUUUACAAGUUUGAUCCUAGCGCAUUUAAGCUCGUACUAGUGGAUGAGGCACAUCAUAUCGUUGCGAGGUCCUACCUCGACGCCCUGGGACAUUUUGGAUUGAACAAGCAGUCUGCAAAUGGGCCAAUACUCGUGGGUGUCUCGGCCACUUUCUCACGGUUUGAUGGGCUCAAGUUGGGUGCGGCUAUUGAUCAUAUUGUCUACCACAAAGACUAUGUGGACAUGAUCCGCGACAACUGGUUGGCAAAUGCUGUCUUUACAACCGUCAAGUCUGGGGCCAAUCUGUCUAAAGUCAAGAAAGAUAGUUUCGGAGACUUUGCUCUGGGUUCACUUUCUGAAGCUGUCAAUACUACAACAAUCAACAGUAUCACGGUUCGUGCUUGGAUGGCGAAUGCCAAAGAGCGAAAGUCUACGUUGGUCUUUUGUGUUGAUAUUGAGCACGCACGCCAGCUUACUGCUGCGUUCCGUGACCAUGGCGUUGAUGCGCGGUACAUCACUGCUAGUACCCCUAAAGGCAAGCGCGCAGAAGAGCUGCGGGCUUUCAAAGACCAGGAGUUUCCGGUCUUGUUGAACUGUGGUCUUUUCACAGAGGGCACAGAUAUCCCGAACAUCGACUGCGUGCUUUUGGCUCGACCGACCAGAUCUCGAAACCUGCUUAUUCAAAUGAUCGGACGUGGACUUCGACUUUUCCCUGGAAAGAAGGAUUGUCAUAUAAUAGAUAUGGUAGCCUCCUUGGCAACCGGAGUCUUAUCGUCACCGACUCUAUUUGGCUUAGAUCCAGACGAAGUCCUGGAUAACUCCAGCAUGGAAGAUAUACAGGAGAAAUUGGACAAGCCCAAGGAACCCGCACCAAGCCCUGAUAUAGUUGAACAAUACGACGGCUCAGACAACGACAUGAAACUCCAAUUCACAACAUAUGAUAGCAUCUACGAUCUCCUAGAAGACAUGCAAUCUGAACGACAUAUCAGGUCACUAAGCCCACAUUCGUGGGUCCGAGUCGGCGACGACAGAUACAUGCUUUCUGAUGCAUCCGGCUGGAUGACAAUCGAAAAAGACGACGACUUAUUCACCGCGCACCACGUCAUGAAAUUCAAGGAUCCCAUAACUGAAGCCAUGCAAUAUACGCGCCCACGCAAGGUUGCUUCCGGGUCUGAUUUGGAGACCAUUGUGAGGUCAGCGGACACUUUUGCUAAUAGCAAAUUUGAUCAGCAUUUCAUCUCUACUCGAAAACCUUGGCGUAAGGCUGCGGCAACACCUGGCCAGAUCAAGAUGCUGAAUGCAGCUCGUAUUCGUGACCGCGCUGUGAAAGAGGAGGAUCUGACUCGGGGACAGGCAGCUGAUAUGAUCACGAAGCUGAAGUAUGGGGGUAAGAAACGCUUCAAGGAUUUGGAGGCUGUUAAGCGGAAGAAGAUGCAGCAGGUGGAUCAUAUGGAUAAGUUGCGCAGGAGGGUUGAUGUCAAGGUUGGGCCUGUGGAGGCUUGA